AUGUCUUCUAGCAGCACUCUUUUGUCAGAAGCGCUGUUCCAGUGCGGCAUCUGUCAGGAUGUCUUCUGCGAGCCAGUUUCCGUUUCCUGCGGCCACAGCUUCUGCCGCGGCUGCAUCACGUCCCACUGGGAUCAGAUCGCCGCUUCCAGCUGCCCCAAAUGCCACACGCUCUUCGCCGCUCGGCCGGAGCUCUGCCAAAACUCCUUCGCCAAGGAGAUGUCCGAGCACAUCCGAGCUCGGAGGACGCAGAUGGAAUCGGAGGUGCGGGAGAUGAUCCGGGAUCGACUCGGGAAAGUGGCGGAGAUUAAACGCUGCUUGGAGCUGAGUAAAGAAAAGGCCAAGUUGGAGUUAGACCGCAGUGCAGAGAUCUUCUCCGCUCUGUUCCGGUCCCUGGAGAAGAGCAGGGCAGAGCUGCGGGAGACUAUCCACAGACGGCAGGCGGCGAUGGAACAGAGAGCCCAGAGACUAAUGGCGGAACUGGAGCUAGAGAUCAACGAGCUAGAGGGGAGACGGACGGAGAUGGAGUCACUCCUGCCCCCGGACGACCGCCUGCGUCUUCUGCGGAGGUCUUCAGAAUUGUCUUCAGCGUCCGAGUCCUGUUGCGAUAGCCUCGUCAGUUCUUUCCCGUGCGUGGCCAUCGCGAGGAGAGUUUUGGCCCAUGUUGAGCAACAACUAUGCUGUUUUUUAAAGACGCUUGCCAUUGAAGAACAUGACAUGAUGCUGCAGUAUGCAGCGGAUGUCUAUCUGGACCCCAGGACAGCCAACCCUUGGCUGGAUCUGUCCGAGGACGGGAGACGGGUUCAGGACGGAGAUGUCGAAAGGAACCUUCCGGAUCUGCCCGAGCGCUUUGACACUGUACCGUGUGUGAUAGCUACCAAGGGUUUCACCACUGGGAGGCACUAUUGGGAAGUGGAAGUUGGGGAUAAGACAUCGUGGGACCUCGGGGUGGCUCUGGGGUCCAUCAACCGGAAAGGAUUGGUGAUACUGAGCCCGCAAGACGGAUACUGGGUUGUGUGUCUGAGGAAGGCCAAUGAAUACCGGGCCUGCGAGGCUCAGGCGCAGCUUCUGUAUGUCGGCCGGAGACCGAAGGUCAUCGGGCUUUUUUUGGACGUGGCGAACGGGACGCUGUCCUUCUUCGAUGCGGAGGCCAAGUCGCACAUCUACUCCUUUACGCGCGCUCGCUUCACAGAGGCCGUUUUUCCUCUUUUUAAUCCGGAUGUGAGCGACGACGGAAGGAACGGCUCGCCGCUCAUCAUCCGGCCUCCGAAUGGAGGCGUGACUUACGUCAGCCAAGAGCAUUGUCCUGAGCGCCAGGAGUCCGCUCGCGCUAAAGAGAAGGAAGCGUCGCCAUACAUCAAAAAGGAGGAGGACGAUUUGGUACAAAUGAAAGUGGAGGAAGAGUUUGAACAGGUAAAAGAGGAGCAGGAAGAGCAUUUGAUCACAGUUGAGGACCAGCAGCAACAUCCUCUCCUCAAAAUAGAGGAAUACGUAAAAGAGGAGGAGGCAGAUGCCAGCAAGUGGACCGGCGAGCUCUUGAAGAGUGAAGACGAAGGUCCUCCGAGCAGCAGCAGCCGCUCAACAGAAACAGAAAAGCUCAUCGCUCCACUAUCGGAUAGUGACGACGCCACAUCACACUCGCUUUACACUGAUGAUGAAGAUGACGAUGAAGGUCAUAAGGCAGCUCACAGUGUUAACAAAUGCACUCAAUUCGCCGAGAAGGCCAAAUUACGAAUACACUCCAGGACCCACACGGGCGAGAAACCGUAUUCCUGCUCGGACUGCGGCCAAAGAUUUGCUCACAAGAACUCCUUGAAAAUACACAAAAGAACCCACACGGAUGAGAAACCUUUCUCCUGCUCCGUUUGCGGCAAAGGAUUCCCGGCAAAGUCCGAUUUAACGAAACACACGAGGACCCACACCGGCGAGAAACCGUUCGCCUGCUCGGUUCAGAGGCACGUUUGUGUCGGUAUGAGAAGCGGUGGCCAAUGA